AUGGUAACAUUGGUGUUGAGGGUGUUAUUCGAGAUGGGACAGGCUGAGUGCUCAUGGCCUUUGCAGUUAGGGGUAUCUUUUAGAGACUCCGUUUACACUUUUUACCUGUUUGGAGUCUCCUUUGAAUUUUCUGUUUGGUUGGCGAUAGGAUUACAAAUCAUGGGAAAGGAGCUAAAGCAAUCGCUUCAAAGUUUUCUUUAUAGAAAUCAAGAGCCUGCUAUUAGUAAUUCAGAAACUGUAGAAAUUUUGAAAGAGCACUACAUUCCUGAUUACAUACUUCUAACGGAAUCAGAAAAAAGAGAAGAAUGCCAUGUUCCUGAGUCUCCUGUUAUAGUAUUCAUCAAUUCCAAAAGUGGUGGGCAGCUGGGGGGUGAACUCUUAACAACAUAUAGGAAUCUUCUCAACAAAAAUCAGGUGUUUGAUUUGGGGGAAAAGACACCUGACAAGGUGCUAUACCAAGUUUACUUCAACUUGGAGAAGCUAAAGCAAAAUGGAGAUAAAUUGUCUGCUGAAAUUCAGAGGCGGUUGAGAAUUAUUGUUGCUGGUGGGGACGGAACAGCUGGUUGGCUCCUUGGAGUGGUUUCUGACCUUAAACUAGCACAUCCACCACCAAUUGCAACGAUGCCACUGGGAACAGGAAAUAAUCUUCCAUUUUCAUUUGGUUGGGGGAAGAAAAAUCCUGGUACAAAUUAUCAAUCUGUGAAGGCAUUCUUGAACCAAGUAAAGAAUGCAAAUCAGAUGAAAGUUGACAGCUGGCACAUUCUUAUGCGGAUGAGGGCUCCUAAAGAAGAAGGUUCGUGUGAUCCUAUUGCACCUCUUGAGCUACCCCACUCGUUGCACGCCUUUCGCCGAGUCCCCCAAGCAGAUGAAUUGAACGAGGAGGGAUGCCUCACUUUCCGCGGGGGAUUUUGGAACUACUUCAGCAUUGGGAUGGAUGCCCAAGUUUCUUAUGCAUUUCACACUGAAAGAAAGCUACAUCCUGAAAAAUUCAAAAGCCAAUUAGUUAAUCAGAGUGCAUAUGCUAAGCUGGGUUGUACGCAAGGUUGGUUUUGUGCUUCUCUCAUGCAUCCAUCUUCAAGAAACAUAGCUCAGUUGGCAAAAGUCAAAAUCAUGAAAAAGCCAGGUCAUUGGAUAGACCUCCACAUACCUCGCAGCAUUAGGUCCAUUGUCUGCCUCAACUUGCCUAGUUUUUCGGGGGGUCUUAAUCCAUGGGGAAGUCCUAAUAAGAAGAAGCUACACUCGAGAGACUUGACUCCGCCAUAUGUUGACGAUGGUUUUCUUGAGGUAGUCGGUUUUCGAGAUGCAUGGCACGGUCUUGUCUUGCUCAGUCCAAAUGGGCACGGGACUCGCCUCGCACAGGCGAACAGAAUCCGUUUUGAGUUCCACAAGGGUGCUGCUGAGCACACUUUCAUGAGGAUCGACGGUGAACCAUGGAAACAACCCUUGCCCACAGACGAUGACACUGUAGUCGUUGAAAUAUCUCAUUUCGGCCAAGUAAGCGUGCUAGCCAACGUACAUUGCCAAUCCAAAAGCAUCAAUGCACCUGAUUCACCAUACAGGUGCGAAGAAGAUGAAAACGACAGUCACGAAGAAGAAUUCCAGGAUGAUUCAGAAGGAAGGAAGAAGAUAGGUGCAGCUGACACUUUUCGACUACCAGAUGAUUUUGAUAUAGCACAAAUUAGUUAA